AUGUCGAGCCCUGCUCCGCGUACAGUCCUCCCUCGGGGGGACGACACGUCCUAUCUGUCGCCGGGAGGCGUGAAGGGGCUGUCUAUCAGCGUUGUCUUCACCACGUUAGCAACGUGCUUCGUCCUUGCCCGCCUGUACACUCGGACUAGGCUGAUGAACCGCAUGGAGUCGAAUGACUGGAUGAUAGUGAUCGCCCUGGUCUUGUCAUUUGUCUUCAUGGGAUUGUUCAUCGUGGAGGCUCUGAAUGGCGUGGGUAUGCAUGCCGUGGACAUUCCACCGCCGGUGAUGCUUAAGCAGAUGAAGGCCUUUUGGGUCACGAUUCCCUUCUACAAUGCCGCGUUGCUCUGCGCCAAAGCAUCUAUUCUCAUGCAAUACUUCCGCGUCUUCCCCACGAGGCGCAUGCGCUGCAUCUCCUGGAUCAUGAUCGCCGUGCUGGCCACCUAUGGCACCUGGGCCGUCUUGAGUGCCUUCCUCAACUGCAUCCCCGUGGCCAAGUUCUGGGACCCUACGCUCCCCGGCUACUGUUUGAGCAUGAAGGGCCUCUGGUUCUCGAAUGCAUCCAUGCACAUUGCCACCGACCUGGCCAUCCUGCUGAUCCCUCUCCCGGUCUUGUCGGCCCUGGAUCUUCCCAGGAGGCAGAAGAUUGCCCUAAUGUCCAUCUUUGCGCUGGGCGGAUUUGUCUGCGUCACAAGUGUGUGCCGUCUGGUUGCGUUGAAGAAGAUUGCGGAUUCGGAUGAUCCCACCUAUGACAACGUCGACGCCGCAACCUGGUCGGCGAUUGAAUGCAACACCGGAAUCAUCUGCGCCUGUCUCCCGACCCUUCGUCCGCUCAUUUCUCGCAUCCUGCCUCACCUGCUUUCGACCCUGAGCACCGGUGGUCCUUCCUAUGGCAAUGCGCCCCUGUCGCAAGCCCGAACGCCCGCAUACUGGAACGGCACCGGCACCGUGUCCACGACCAUCACGGCCAUGGACGACUUGGAAUACGGACACUGCACCUCCGACGCCGAUCGUGUCUUGACUCUUGCGCCCGGGACCGACGCCAACGGCAAAGAGAAGCUCAUGCUGAAAGAUGCCAAGGUUUCUCAGGAGCUCAAAGAAGCUGCGGUGACGAUCGAGUCCCGGACAGAAUCCUCGUCGUCUUCAUCGUCACCGCCUCGAUGA